UCGUGAAGUUUUUCUCCCGGCGCAUUCAGUUCGAUUCGGGCGAUUUUCGAGCGCGGAGCGCCUAACUCGCACAGAAAACCAGCUGAGAAAAAGACGAAAAAUACGUAUAUCUGAACGAAGUACGGGCAACUAAAAAUGUCCAGCUCUGAGUCAGCGGAAAACUGAACUAAACCAGAGUGCAGCGAGUGUGUGUCGUGUCGCGUCGUAUCGUUCUGUCGCCUUCAAAGUUAAUUAAUUUCGGCAUAGAAUUUCCAUUAGCUAAAAAUAGGUGCAUUAAAGGCGAAACGCGAAGCCAAAUGCUAAUUAAAUGCCAGCCCAGAAAACCAUCCAAUAAAUGCCACUAGCACAUUACGUAUGCCGGCGAUAUGAUUCUCUCCAGCCAGCCGCAGUACAAUGAGUCAGAGUUUGCCGAAAAGAUAAGACACCUGACGCCCACCGAGCAGGAAGCAGUCAAGCGCUUCUGGAGGUCGCUGGUUUUGCGAAGUCAACGCGCCUUCAUUGAGGAAAAUGCUCGUCAGGUGGCUGGCGGCAGCACCAACAGCUCCAUCUCCAGUCCCGAGUCGUCGGGGAUGAACCGCUCGGUCCGCAGCUGCAACUGCUGCCCCUAUGGCUACCACAUCGACCUGGACUUUGUGCGCUACUGCGAGGCGCUGGCCCAUGCCAAGCCCAGCGAGGAGGAGCAGCGGCGCAGGGAUCGCCGUCGCUCGCGGAAGUCCAUGGAGGUCAUGCUCGGCUUCGAGAGCCUCUUCGGCGGCGACUGGCAGGCGGAGUCACGUGUCCAGGGCCGGCUGGCGGAGGCCGCACAUGAAAGCGAUCCAGAUUCGCCACGCGGAGUCGGAGGAGCAGGUCUGUCGCAGUCCUAUACCACAACGCCGUGCUAUCGGCCACGAUCAUCGUCUGUGCCUCGCUUCACUUACGGCAGCAUCCCGCCAAGAGCCGAGUCGCCAUUCGGCACCGCCUCCUCCACGUGCUCCUCCUUGCGCGGCGGCGUCGAGAGUGAUGCGGGGAUCUAUCAACAGCGCCAUCAGAGCUACGGUCGGCCGGCCAUCAGUCCGCCGGAGACGCGGGCCUUCCUCCACGACGCCCUGGACGAGGUCUGCAGCGAUUUCGAGCGCACUCUCGAACGGACAUCGGUCAAGCGGCGCAAGGCGGGUGCCCCCUAUGCGGGAGGCUCUCUUUCCAUGGACAGAAACAACAAUAAGUUGAUGUUGAACCUGAGUCCGCGCAACGGCUAUGGCCAGACGGAGGCCCGCGAUCGGCGCCUGGGAAACAGCACGUGGGACCGGUACUUUGAUGUGGCAGACUCCUGCAUAGCGGGCAACCGAUCACCGACGAGCACUCCGCACCUCUUCCUGCGCUCCAACACGCUCCCUCUGCAGCAGCGGCCCAGCCCCGCGGAGGUGCAGUAUGAGAGCUAUGUGCAGGCCACGGUGGCGGCCAAUGCCAAGUCGCCGGUGGAACAACUGGAAUCGCCGAAGGUCGCAGGAAGUGCACCGCCGCCCCCGCCACGUCGCCAUCACCUCCUGUCCACCUCCAAGGAGGGGGAGAAGGAGAAUGGGAUCGGAACCGGAACCGGAACCAUGAGCAGCUCCAUGCAGUCGCCGGUGAAUUCGGAAGCGGGUCAGACGACGGCGGAUGCCCAGGCUCUGUUCCAGAUUCGCGAGCAGAUGGCCUUGAGCCUGAAGCGUCUGAAGGAUCUGGAGGAGCAGGUCAAGGUCAUACCCGACAUGGAGUCGGAACUCAAUUCACUGCGCUCGGAGAAGCAGCGUCUGCUCCGGAAGAACGAGGAGCUGGUGCGUGGACAGCGCCAGACUCCCUCGCCACCGAGUCCGGGUCUGAAGAACGCCUCACCCGUGCAGUUCACGCCACAGCGCAUCAGUCCCGUCUCGCUGGAGAGCCUGGGGUCGCGCAUGCGCAGCAGUUCGACUUCGGCCUCGACUUCGCCAAGCAUCAUUCGACGCGAUGUGUCCACCCAGGCGGCCACUCGGGUGACAGCCACCCGGGACGUGGCCGUUGGCUCUACGUUGAGCAUCCGUCAUGUGGCCACCCAAGAGGCGGCGGCCAUUUACUCCCAAGCGGAACUGGAGGAGAAGAUCGAUGUGGCCCUGAGCAGCCACCAGCAGAAGCAGCUAAAGAAGCUCAUCACAGUGGGCACACAGAUGUACGUGCCGAAGCGGGAGCAGCGUGACUCGGGGAUGCAGACGGUGGCGGAGCGACCGAAGCUCAAGUACAAUGUGGGAGUCAGUGCCAAGCCCGCGACGAGGGAGAACUUCACCAGCUGCAAGCCGGAUGUGCGCACUGUGGGCAGCUCCGAGCACCGCAUCGACGAAGAGCUCUGCGAGAAGUGUGCCAUCAGCAAGCGAUCAGUUGGCUGCGGUCCGGAAGUACCCCCGGAGAAACCAAAGCCACCGCCACAGAUGCCGGGACGCAGCAACACCUUCAGCCUCGGAGGGACCGAAUCGCUUACCCUCAUCCGGAAGGCAGUGGGCUGUCAGACGCCAGUUACCAUGGUACACAGUGCUGGUAGUCAGACGGCGAUCACUACGGUCCGUUCAACCGGAGCUCAGGUGACGCCGCAGCAGCAGCACGCGUUGGUGCAGUGUGGGGCAGAGCAGAGCACUCGCCAAACGGACACCGACGGCCUGCAGCGCCUCUCGAGGAGCGAUACAAAGACGGAACAGGUGGCCGAGUCGGUGCCACGCCCACGGACACGCCACACAGCCUGCAAUACGGAGCAGGAGCGGGAGCAGAUCAAGGUACCCGCCACCACCCACUCCGCCUGCAACACGGAUGAAAUUCGCAAACGGGAUGUGGGCUGCGGCGAAAUUGUGAAGCCCCACAUCUCGAUUGCCUGUGCGGCCAACUACUGUGAUUCCUGCAAGGAGGCCAUCCAGGACCUGGCCAAGGGCUUCUCGAAGGUCAGCCCAGCCACCACUCCCGCACCGACCAAGCCGGGAACAGUACGUCGCUCCACUUCGGCGGACUCGCGCAUACCGCGGCCCAAACACAUUACUAGUCCCAGUCCGGUGCGGCGGGAGCUCAAGCGGCAGAAUACCUACACUCUGGCCACGUCCUCACAGACGCCCAGUCCACAGGUGGAGCGGAAAACGCGACUGAGCUCACUACAGGAGAAGCCACCGACUAUGUCGAGCUUCCAUUCACCAGAUUCGUCCGGGGAGUCACAAAGUUUUAUCAGACAGCCGUCCAGCAAGCAGAGCCCUUUAUUAGACUUCAGCCAGGUGGGUGACGAUGAGCUGAUUGUGCGCGAGGAGAAGCGCGUCAGUAUAAGCUGGUCCCGCGAUGUCUCCCCCGCACCACUGAUGACAUCCUCGGCCACCACAUCGGACACAAACAAGUCGGUCUCGCCGGAGCAGGGCCAGGAGCAGGAGCAGGAGCAAGCCAUGAGCACUUCCUGUGAUUCCAGCCCGCCCUUGGAUGUGCAGAUUGCUCAGGGAGCACGCAAGAAGUCCAGCACGCCGCUAAAAUCUAGUCAAAGCGAGGAGUCCCAGGUGACUGUCAUCGAGCGACCGGCCACGAAGGCGCAGCUCCAUCAGCUGGCCCAGGCAGAGUCCGAGCCCCGAAAGAAAACCGAUAUACCCAAGAGCCUGGUGGAUGCCCUCAAAGUCAUCAAUGAUUCGCUGCUGAAGAGGCUGGGGGCCAAGCCCAUCUCCUCGCAGAGCCUCAAGUCAGCCAAGACGACCAUUCAGGAGCAUUGGUUCCGCAACUCCAGCACUGGAAAGGCCGAUCCCCAUGAGGUGGAGGACCACUUGGACUUCUUUGAGUCACUGUCGGUGCCCUUGCUGGAGUAUUGCGUUAACCUGUCCGACAACAAUGGCAACACAGCCAUGCAUUAUGCGGUCUCGCACGGCAACUUCGACGUGGUAUCCAUUCUGCUGGAUUCGAAGGUUUGCAACGUAAACCAAACGAAUAACGCCGGAUACACGUGUGUGAUGCUCGUAUCGUUGGCCAAGCUAAAGCAACCGUCCCAUCGGACAGUCGUGGAGCGACUGUUCAAGAUGGCCGAUGUCAACAUACGCGCCAAGAAGCACUGCCAGACCGCGCUGAUGCUCGCUGUGUCGCAUGGUAAUGGCGACAUGGUCGCCAUGCUGCUGGAAGCCGGAGCAGAUAUCAAUAUCCAGGACGAGGAUGGCAGCACGGCUCUAAUGUGCGCUGCCGAGCACGGUCGUGUGGACGUGGUCAAGCACUUGCUGUCCAGUCCAGAAUGCGACUCGCUGAUACAAGAUGUGGAUGGCAGCACGGCCUUCAAGAUUGCCUGGCAGGCCGGGCACCGGGAUGUGGGCCUGCUCCUCUACGUCCACGAGCAGAUGCUGCGCAGCAAGCUGCCCAAUCGCGGCGAGACCGCCAGGAGCUCGCUCCUCUCAAUGGCUCUCCACAGCCGCCAGUCCCCGGAGUAAAGCCAUUUCGUAUUAGCGGCCAAAUUGUCGAACAAACCGUUAGUUAAUAAGGUUCUAAUUAGCAUUUUUCGUAGAGUGGCCCGGACAAACCGUAGAAGUGGCAAAGUAAAACACAUUCCAUAACGAAACUUGAAGAAAAAGAAAUGAAACUUAACUUAGAAUUAUAAUUAGGCUUUAUUUUCGUGUACUUUGAAAUAUGUUUUAUUUAUUAUUAAAUUUUACUUUAGUGCUAACAAGUAAAACGAUUCUAGACUAUAACUCUAAUUUCGAUUAACCAACGAAAGCAGCCAGCUAUUUUUAAACAAUGUCUUUAAUCUACGCUAAUAAGCUCAAUUCUGCACAGGCCCAAGCCACCAACCAACCAUAUCAGCAAACGACAAUGCAACAAACGAUAUUUAACUAACAAUACUACUUGCGAGUAACUACGAAUCAAAUGGACAAAUAUUUUAAAAGAUCAAGUAUACUUCUAUUGUAAGACGGCAAAGUUAUUUAAUGGCAAAGUAUUUGCUCUUUCGAAAAUAAAUAAAUGAAUAACUAAAACAA